CAUUAUAACGACGUAUUCAAUGAAGACCUCCCUGCACGGGAUGGGGGGAAAAACAUUAUUCAAUUCAAAGAAGGCUCUGCUCGGCAUAACAAACUGCAGCGACUGCAAAAACUAAGAUUUAGGUUGAACUUAAAUAUGACAGACAACGCGUAACUGCACGGUAAAAUGAUCCCUGCACCAUUGUCCACUUUCAUGCACAGGAUAGUGCAUAAAGGGAGAUGAAAAUACUCGAGUGUUGACGGCGAAUAAAAUAGCAGCUAUAAACAGUGAACAGUCCAAACCGAAAUAAAGGACCGGGGACAGUCGUAAGUGUAUUGCCGACGUGCCUUUUGUCUAAUGUCUCACAAACGCAGAGACUUUUCCCUUCCUUCCUUUUAGGAUAUAAAUCAAAGCGGAAACCAAACGAGCCAUUGAAGCAGAGACCGACGAUAGAGGGGACUUGAGUUCAUGACAUCUACAAAGGUCACGGAAAAUAUUCGGAUGCUAUUGGUACAGAUGUUACGGAAAUUACCCCCAAGAUGACAAAAGGACGACCUGGGCUGCUGGAAUGAUGGAUCGGACUAGAGCGCCAGAGCUUCUCCUGGUUUUAUGGAUAUUAAUACGGUUCGCUUUGGUCUGUCUAGCGGCAUGCAGUGGGAAGGUUGAGCUCCAUACAGAGAGGAGGGGCGUAAUCUACAGCCCAUCAUGGCCCCUCAACUACCCCCCCGGAAUGAACUGUUCCUGGAACAUAGAGGGGGCCAGGGGAGAGGUCAUCACCAUCAGCUUCCCUAACUUUGACCUGGAGGAGUCAGGUCAGUGUGAGGGGGACUGGCUGCUCCUCGGCCCCACCUGGAGAGAGGAGUACCGGGUGUGUGGUUCUCUCCUGCCACCUCCCUUCAUCUCCUCCAGGGGACGGGUCUGGCUCUACUUCCACUCACAGGCCAACAGCUCAGGACUGGCUCAGGGGUUCAGACUGUCUUACAUCAGAGGUCGCCUGGGCCAGUCCAGCUGUCAGAGCGACGAGUUCCUGUGCGGCAACGGUAAAUGUCUUCCUCGGACGUGGCGCUGUAACGGCCUGGAUGAGUGCGGUGACGCCACUGACGAACGGGGCUGUGCCCCCCCUCCCACCCCUCCCCGUGCCUCCCUCUGCCCCGCCGGGACCGCCCCCUGUACCCAGGCCCAGUCCACUCGCUGCCUGCCCCACUCGCUGCGCUGCAACGGUGCCCAGGACUGCCCAGACGGCUCGGACGAAGCAGGGUGCCCCGACACGGCCUGCGGGAAACGCCUGGGGAAUUUCUACGGAACGUUCGCUUCACCGGACUUCUUCCGUCCCAACCGCAGCGCCGUCGGGGAACUGAGAUGCUCCUGGCUACUGGACACUCAGGACCCUAAGCCCAUCGUGUUGCAGCUGGACCUGGGGUUAGGGCCAGGGGACUCCCUCCAUGUCUAUGACGGGCUGGUCCAGAGAGCGGAGCGCCUCCUGCGGGCCCUGUCUCAUCACAACAACAGGAGACCGGCCCUGUUAGAAUCCAGUAGAGGACAGAUGAGUCUACAGUACCUGGCCCAACCACUCAGCCCUGGGCACGGAUUCAACGCUACAUACCAGGUGAAAGGUUACUGUUUCCCUCGCGAACACCCGUGUGGAGGGGACCAGGGUUGUUACUCUGAGCGCCAGCGAUGUGACGGGUACUGGCACUGCCCUACGGGGCGCGACGAGGAGGAGUGCCCAGUUUGCCAGGAGGGGGAGUACCCCUGUGAGGGGGGCAGUGGAGCCUGCUACCCUGCCUCUGAAAGAUGUAACAACCAGAAGAAGUGCCCAGACGGUUCUGAUGAGAAGAACUGUUUUGACUGCCAGCCGGGGAACUUCCACUGUGGUACCAACCUGUGUAUCUUCGAGACGUGGCGCUGUGAUGGCCAGGAGGACUGUCUGGACGGUAGUGAUGAGAGAGACUGUUUGGGAGCUGUACCCAGGAAGGUGAUCACUGCUGCCCUGAUUGGCUCUCUGGUCUGUGGCCUCCUCCUUGUCAUCGCUCUGGGCUGUGCCUUUAAACUCUACUCCCUCCGGACAAGAGAGUACAGAGCAUUUGAGACUCAGAUGACCCGUCUGGAGGCGGAGUUUGUUCAGAGAGAGGCUCCUCCCUCCUAUGGUCAGCUGAUCGCUCAGGGCCUCAUCCCUCCGGUGGAGGACUUCCCUGUGUACAACCCCACUCAGGCCUCCAUGCUCCAGAACAUCCGUACGGCGAUGCGUAGGCAGAUCAGAAGACACUCCUCCCGCCGGGCCACAUCACACCGCCGCCUUGGCCGCCUCUGGAACCGUCUGUUCCACCGAGGGACCCGUCUCCGCGGCCAGAUCCCCCUCCUCCUCACACCCCCCGGGUCUCAGGUGGCUCUGGGCCUGCACUCCUACCACACCUCGGAGGGACCUGAAGCCAGGGUUGGGGAUGGAGGUGGCGUGGCGGGCAUGGUGGAGGGCAUGGGACCAGCAAGGACCCUGUCCCGCUGCUCUACGGCAGCAGUAGGCCUCGCCCUGCACGCCCACAACCAGGCCCUGCCACAGUCCUCCCACCCUUCCCUGGAGUCUCCCUGCUCCCCACUCUCCCCCUCUGACAGUGAACCAUCCGAGGGGUCACCGUGUUCCCCAGAGAGCCAGGGUAGCAGGGUUAGAUUGCCCCUCAGUGAGCUCCACACCCCUGGGCAGCGGAGUGACUCAUUAACGUCUGCCCCCAGCAUACUGAGCCGUCAGUGCCCCCCAGAGGGCAGCACAGGUCAUUACACCCGCCGAGCCUCCAGGAAGCUGGUCCUUGGACUGGCUGCCAACCUGAGAGGGGUGGCCCUACGACGCUACUCCCCCAUGGGGCUCACCUCCCCCGUUACUCCCCCUGUCCUUCCCCCUCCAGACUCCCAGCCGCCCUGCCACCACCCCCUGACUUCCCCUCAGACGUCACCCCCCUCGGGGUCUUCAGACGACAGUCAGAGGUUUCAUGACCUGGAAGUGCCAACCCAGGAGAGGAGGAGGAGGAGGAGGAAGAGGGGUAUAGGGGUGCCUAGUGGACUGAACACCAGCAGCAGUGAAGAGGAGGAAGAGGAGGAGGAGGAGGAGGAGGAUGGAGAUGAGACUCUACUGAUCUGCUAGUAUGAAAGAGCUGCCUUCAUCAUGUGGCGGCAGGCAGGCAGACAGGCAGAGAGGCAGGCAGGCAGAGAGACAGGCAGGCAGGCAGAGAGACAGGCAGGCAGAGAGACAGGCAGGCAGGCAG